AUGAUUGUGAGUGAGAAAAUGGUUGCUGAAGCGGAGGUUAUAUGCCAGAAGACCAUGGCCAUGCCUGUGCUGGACAUGAAGUACCGUGUCUGCGUUUCCAAGGACCACAACCUUCAGAUCGACGUGGCCUCCCCGCCUUCUUCUGCUCCGAGCUUCGGCGAGGUUUGCGUCUCCGAAACGAUUUCCACUGAGAUAUCUCGCUUCGAAUCGGUUGUGAGUUGCACAGAGAGCAUUAAUAAAGCUGUAAUGGAGUCUUCUGCCAUCAAGUUUGUCCCGGACAUUCAUUCAGGAAGCCACACUGACAUCGGAGGAAGGGAUUCGAUGGAUGAUGAACACAUUCGGAUAGAUGAUCUAUCUGCCCAUGCGGGGCCUCUCUUCAAGUCUCCCGUGCCAAGUGCAUUUUAUGCAGUUUUUGAUGGUCACGGUGGGCCUGAGGCAGCUUCUUAUGUCAAAAAGCAUGCCAUGAGACUCUUCUUUGAAGAUGCUGAUUUGCCGCAGAGAAUGGAUAUGGAUGCUGUUUUCUUCAGAGAGUUGGAGAAUUCCCAUAGGAAAGCAUUUCUACUGGCAGACGAUGCCUUGGCUCAUGAACACAGCGUGAGCAGUUUUUGUGGAACAACUGCACUGACUGCUUUAAUUCUUGGAAGGCAUUUGCUGGUUGCAAAUGCUGGUGACUGUCGAGCAGUUCUUUGCAGGAAAGGAGUAGCAGUUGACAUGUCUCAAGACCACAAGCCUACUUACUUGCCGGAACGCAAGCGAGUUGAGCAGUUGGGUGGUCGCAUUGAUGACGGGUAUCUUAAUGGUCUCUCAGUCACUCGAGCCCUUGGAGAUUGGGACUUGAAAUUGCCACUCGGUUCAUCAUCACCUCUCAUUGCUGAGCCAGAUGUUCAACAGGUUAUGUUAACAGAAGAUGAUGAGUUUUUGAUCAUUGGUUGUGAUGGGAUCUGGGAUGUUAUGUCAAGCCAAUAUGCUGUGAGUCUUGUUCGGCGUGGUCUGCGGAGGCAUGAUGACCCGCAACAGUGUGCCAGAGAACUUGUCAAGGAAGCCUUGCGCUUGAAUACAACUGACAAUCUCACCGUUAUUGUUGUGCGCCUCUCUUCUCCUAAUCGUGUUGUUGAGUGCUCACCCCAGCGCCCAAGGUUGAGGAUCUGCAGUCUAUCUGAGGAAGCACGCAGCCGGUUGAGAAGCUCGUUAGGAGGCAAUUGA